AAACCAAAAAUGUCGCGAUAACAUAGAGCCUUGUGACAAAGUUUAAUUAUUGAUAUUAAUCAGUGCUUUUGUAAUAGUUGUGCUUAUUGUACCUAGCUGUGCAACGUUUUGGACCGGUAAUAAUGUCGGGUAUAGGCGGCCAUCCUAUUUUGCUUUUCAAGGUUACUACUUAAAGCGCAGAGAAACGUUCGUGUUUUAUUCAGUUAGUAUUGUGCACUGUGUGUGAGUGAACACUCGUGUUGGUGGUGCUGUGUUGGUGUUGCUGACAUCUAAUGAUAAAUGAUUUAAGGUCAAUUAAAUAGCAUCAUGAACAUGAGCGGAUAUCGUUUUUCGAUGCCUCGAACUGGCAGGAAAACCUCCUAUAAAUACAAAACAAUUCACAAGUUGUUGUCAUGGUCUUGAAGCAAACUAAGGUUCCUUCAGUUUAUUCAACGUACGAGAUUUUAUUUAAAAAUGAAAAUCUACGUACAACUUACCAUCCUGCUAUGCUACGCAUCAUUGGCAUAUCCAAGACCACAAGAAGACAGUGAUGUAAAAACCAGCACUGUUGUCGACGAUCCACCAUCAUCUACUUCGACUACCACAGCUCCGGCUCCGGCCGUAGAUGAUGGAGUGGCGAAGGCUGUCAAUGCUUUCGGCUUCAAGAUGAUUAAAGCCAUGAUGAACCAGAGCACAGACCAGAACAUCGUGGUAUCUCCUACAGGCGUCGUUGGUCUACUUGCUAUGACGCUUCUGGGAAGCGCGGGAACUACCUACGACGAAAUUGCAGAACUAAUCGGAUUUAGCCAAGAUAUUCUCGUGAACCGAAAAUACCACGAGGAUUUGGGGUCGCGAUUGCGGUCUCUAAGUGCAAACGACACAAAGACAUUAUACGCAAAUGCUGUGUUUGUCAGCGAGCUGUCCCGGCUCCGGGACAUAUUCCGCUCCUACCUACAGCGGGUGUACCACGGGGAAGCUCUCCGUGCUAACUUUCAAGAUGGCGACAAAGUUAAACAAAUGAUUAAUGAAUGGGUGAGUAACCACACCAACAACAAAAUAGAAAACUUUCAGCAGCAGCCACUGCCCGCUUCGACAAAAGCAGUGCUUCUCAGCGCCCUCUACUUCAGCGGACAAUGGGCGGAACCUUUCGUACCCGAGUAUACGAGAAAGUUACCCUUCCAAACGCCAACCAAAGAAGUGCUGGUAGAUUUGAUGGCUAAUUUCGGAGAUUUUGACUACAUUUUUUCAUUUGAAGAUGGCUUACAGAUGAUUGCUUUGCCGUACAACGAUACAGUGACAACGAUGUACGUAAUAAAACCAAGAUUACCAAAGCGUGUUAACUUAACUGAUUUACUAGAUCGUUUAGAUUACGAAAAGAUUGAUAAAUUGAUAGAUCACAUGAAGAGGAAGAAGUGUGUCAUUCGUUUCCCUAAAAUGAAGCUUGAAAGUAAGGUAGACUUGAAGGAUACUUUGAGUGGGUUGGGUGCCAGAUCGAUGUUCACACCUGGAGUUGCGAAUUUCGCUGUCAUGCUGGAGAGCGAUCAAGUUGCUAAUACCAAUGAAGAGGAGUUGAUAAGCCGAAUAAACACAGGCGAGGGCGAGGCGCGCACACUAAAGGACAUGGUCAACGGGUUUGUCAACCCGUCCGUGCACGUCGACUCAGUGAUGCAUGAAGUCAAAAUGACUAUAGACGAAUACGGCACCGAAGCAGUGGCUGCGACCAGCGCGGUGAUGGCGCGUACGGCGGAGACGUUCUACGCAGACUCGCCAUUCUAUCUAUUCAUCAGGAACGAGAAGACCAAACUGGUUACGUUUAGCGCUAUAGUGUUCGACCCAACUAUUGAGUAAAAGUCUCUGAUACAUGUUCCGGAUAUUAAAUUAACACUAAUUUAGCAAUAAUCUAAAAGAAGAGGAACCAAAUAUUAUCACAUGUAAAUAAUAAUAUCAAUUUUAAUAUAAUUACACCGAGAGUUCAUUGGCCCUCUGUAAGUAGACAGGUUAGUCAGGUUGUACUGUCAAAAGUACACCCACCUCAUGUCUUUUCAGUAGUAUGCUGCGCCCUAACGGGAUUUCGACAAUCAAGAAUGUUUCUGUCAUAUUUUAUGCAACGGCGCGGCGUUACCUUAUGACCUACUCUUUAUAAUUAUUUCCGUAAUUUCGAUUUUAUUUAUCCCUUCUUUGCAACAGCGACAUUACUGGCAUGAGCGACAGUGACAGAAAACACAAAAACGACGUACCCAUAAGUGAUAGAGGGUAGACCCACAAAUUACAAAGUGCGAUUGUCACGAUUUAUCGCGCUCGGAGUCGAACACAAAUCUUAUUUUGUAACAUACAUAACUACGUUUUAUGCAUGACAUAAUCAGAACAAAAUUGUUUUGAUAUAAGAAAGAAACAGGUUUUAACAACCAAUUUUACGUGACGAAUUAAACCAAUUACCUACAAUCACGAUUCAAUUUCGAUCGAAUUUGUACCUGUAUAAUUUAUCCCAUCCCAAUUUAAGAAACACAGAGGCCAUUGACACAUUAAUUACAAUCUUCUUUAGCGAUUUUUUUUUAAAUAAUCAAGAGCAGGGAGAUCGAAAAUUUUACUACACUGUAGUCGAGUAAAAAUUAUGGGUUAUUUGAUUUGAAUUGUGUAAAUGCAAAUCAGGGAUAUUUUACUGUUUAUGUCUUAGCUAAUUUUUUUUUUCUCAUUUGAAUGGUGAAUCUCAUGAUAUGGUAAAAAUCACAAAAAAAAAAGCUUUAAUAACUGAACUUUUUUAUGUAAUUAAUAAUAGAUUGUCAGGCAACAUACAUUAUUCAGAUUCCAUACAAACCAUAAUGUUAUAAUUUUAAUAAAAUUGUUUUCUUUUAA